AUGUUUUAUAUUUUGAAAUAUUGUUUGAUUUAUAUUCUAUUUGGAACUGCUGAUUCCUUUUCUAAUUAUGAUAAAACUGUUCUUGAAUAUUCACCUGUUGUCUACUGGUCUCUUGAUCCUCAGAAUCCAAACGAUUAUUCAAAUCAUAAUUUAAAUGGAGCAUUUACGAAUAAUCCAUCAAAUACAACAAUGCCAAAUGGUGAUAUUGUCUGUGUAUUCAAUGGACUUGAUCAAUAUUAUACAAUUGAAGAAAAUGAUUAUUUAGAAAUUGCUCGUACGGGUAUUUUAACAAUUGUUGCUUGGCUGCGUCCAGAUACAUUACAAUUUGAGCACAGCGAAGGCAGUGGAUAUGUUUGGUGGAUGGGAAAAGGAGAAACUAGUCGACAAAGUUGGGCAGCACGAAUGUAUAAUUAUCAAAAUCAAGAAAGUCGUCCGAAUCGUAUUAGUGGUUAUGCGUUUAAUGCAAGUGGAGGAUUGGGUGCAGGUAGUUAUUUUCAAGACACAGUUAUUGUUGGAGAAUGGAUUCUAUAUACACUCGUUAUUAAUACAGUUAAUGUUUCUAAUGCGUAUCCAACUGGUUAUAUAAAAAUUUUCAAGAACGGAAUUCAACGUGAUCAAGAUGCAUUGAUUAGUUACAAUGUAGUGCCAACAAAAGGUACAGCACCAAUGCGCAUUGGAACACGAGAUCAACAAUCAUUUUUUAAAGGAGCCAUUGGAAAAGUCGCACUUUUUGAUUAUGAAUUGAAUUCAUCACAAUUACAAAAUUUCUAUAAUUGUAUGAAAGACACAAAUAAAUGUUCCAUGACAAACAAUUCAAGGAAGGUGAAACAUGACUAUGGAACAUUGAUCGUCAUAUUGUUAUCAGUGUGUAUGAACUUAGGCAUCAUUUUAUAA